GUGUGCAUCUGACCUACAAAUUGAGAGAUUAUUCAGACAAAAUCCUAGUUGCUGUUGUUUUUUUGGAGGGGGAAGGCUGAAAAUCUACGUGUAUGAAUACAGGCACUUUCGGGGCAAAGAUACGUUUUUCUAAACUGAAAUUAGACGUGGUUCAGGCUGCUAAUUGAUCCGAACUAAAAUGGAGUAACGUUUUCACCUUCCAACAUGGCAGACGUAUAUACCCAUUUUCUCCAAUCACAUGGCAGGGUUCUCCUCGGGGAGCACAUCCGGUGGCGUUUCCUGUGUUUGUAAAUUGAAAGAAAUUGGAACUCAGGCCACGGGCGUCGAAACACGACAAACGAGGAAAAUUUAAAGUUUUAGUGCUAGAUGAGUGAGGUGGGUGUGGCCCCCCGUCAGACUGACCAUCCUGAUUGACGGAUCCCUGGAUGACCUUGUCCCCGCCCCCAUCCCCGCCCUCACAUACACCGUUCCCACUGCAAUGUCACACCUGCCCAGCAGCUCAGUCCGCGACCAUAUGAAAUGGGCGGGGUUGCUUGGCUGUGAGGCUGUUCUCUCCAGUAUGGCCCUGAUGCAGGCCAGCUCCAUGGCCGGUCCGCCCAAGAAGAUGAUGGCUCCACUCGGCCAUGGACCACCACCCCAGAGGGAUGGUUUAGACCGCGGUCCUCAGAGCCACAUGAUCCUGCCAUCUGGAAUGAGCUGUCCACCCCUGCUUAUCCGAAAGGAGGCUGACUUCCACGCCCCCCGCCUGCUGGACGAGAAGGAGAUGAGGGCCAACGAGGACAUGCAGCUGAAAAAGAAGAACAGGAAGUCAGGAACUCCGUGUAAAGUGAGAGAGCAAGACGGGAGGGGAGGGAAGGUGGUUGUUGUGGAUGAGAAUGGUAACUGUCCAAUAUCCAAAGUGCAGAAGAACUUCAUCUGUGAUCACUGUUACGGAGCAUUUAGGAGUGGAUAUCACCUGAAGAGACACAUCCUCAUUCAUACAGGGGAGAAGCCGUAUGCUUGUGGCAUAUGUGACAUGAGGUUUAUUCAGCGUUACCACCUGGAGAGACACAGCCUCAUUCACACGGGGGUGAAGCCGUACGCUUGUUCCAUGUGUGACAUGAGGUUUUUCCAGCGUUACCACCUGGAGAGACACAGCCUCACUCAUACGGGGGUGAAGCCGUUUGCUUGCAACAUGUGUGACAUGAGAUUCUUCCAGCGUUACCACCUGGCGAGACACAGCCUCACUCAUACGGGGGUGAAGCCAUACGCUUGCUCCAUGUGUGAUCAAAGAUUUUUCCAGCGUUACCACCUGGCAAGACACAGCCUCAAACAUAUGGGGGUGAAGCCGUACGCUUGCUCCAUGUGUGACAUGAGGUUCUACCAGCGUUACCACCUGUCUCGACACAGCCUCACUCAUACGGGAGUGAAGCCAUAUGCUUGUUCCAUGUGUGACAUGAGGUUUAUUCAGCGUUACCAACUGGAGAGACACAGCCUCACUCAUACGGGGGUGAAGCCAUUUGGUUGCACCAUGUGUGACAAGAGGUUCUUCCAGCGCUACCACCUGGCAAGACACAGCCUCACUCAUAUGGGGGUGAAGCCGUAUGCUUGCACCAUGUGUGACAAGAGGUUUUUCCAGCGAGACCAUCUACGGAGACACAGCGUCACUCAUAUGGCGGUGAAGCCGUUUGCUUGCACCAUGUGUGACAAGAGGUUUUUUGAGCGCCACCACCUGCGGAGACACAGCAUCACUCAUAUGGGGGUGAAGCCAUUCGCUUGCACCAUGUGUGACAAGAGGUUUUUUGAGCGCCACCACCUGCGGAGACACAGCAUCACUCACAUGGGGGUGAAGCCGUACGCUUGCACCAUGUGUGACAAGCGGUUUUAUCAGCGCCACCACCUGCGGAGACACAGCAUCACUCAUAUGGGGGUGAAGCCGUACGCUUGCACCAUGUGUGACAAGCGGUUUUACCAGCGCCACCACCUAGCAAGACACAGCGUCACUCACAUGGGAGUGAAGCCGUAUGCUUGCACCAUGUGUGAAAAGAGGUUUUAUCAGCGCCACCACCUGGCGAGACACAACGUCACUCACAUGGGAGUGAAGCCGUACGGUUGCACCAUGUGUGACAAGAGGUUUUACCAGCGUUACCUCCUGGCAAGACACAGCCUCACUCAUUUGGGUGUGAAGCCGUACGGUUGCACCAUGUGUGACAAGAGGUUUUACCAGCGAUACCACCUCUCAAGACACAGCCUCACUCAUUUGGGUGUGAAACCUUACGCUUGCACCAUGUGUGACAUGAGGUUUGUUCAGCGCUACCACCUGACAAGACACAGCCUCACUCACACGGGGGUGAAGCCGUAUGCUUGUUCCAUGUGUGACAUGAGGUUUAUUCAGCGUAACCACCUGGAGAGACACAGCCACACUCAUACGGGGGAGAAGCCGUUUGCUUGUGACAUGUGUGACAUGAGGUUUAUCCAGCGUUACCAUCUGGAGAGACACAAGCGUGUCCACAGCGGAGAGAAGCCUUAUCAGUGUGAGCGCUGCCAGCAGAACUUCUCGCGGACAGACCGGCUGCUUCGACAUCGACGGCUGUGCCAGGGCCGGGGUGUGGCCAAGGUGGAGAACCAGCCGUGCUGCGAGCCCCGCCCUUACUCCCAGGAGCCCCCGCCCGCUCCACCAACUUGGAGCCCCCUGCACCCCCCUCCUGGUCGGCUGGCUGUCUGACUGACAUUCCCCCCACCCCCAUCGUCCCUCCAUACACUUACACACAUACACGACUACCACCUCCCCAGAGAGACAGGACAGGCCACAGGGUCUUUGUCACGCAGCCCUGCGCUCAGUGGCCACACUCUGGCAAAGACUGAUCCUGCAGCUCCAGUCCUGAGGUUACUAUGACAGAGGGACAAAUACAGGUAACUGCCAAAAUACAGGAAACACUUAAGUAAAUGAGGGAUACAAAGUAUAUUGAAAGCAGGUGCUUCCACACAGGUUUGGUUCCUGACUUAAUUAACAUGCCAUCAUGCUUAGGGUCAUGUGUGAAAAUGCUCAGUUGCCCCUUAUUUUAGCUCCUAUGGCUAGAAGGAGAGAUCUGUGACUUUGAAACAGGUCUCAAAGGUGCAUGGGGGUUUAAAGUGUGUGUGUGUCAGUCACCAGAUCUCAACCCAAUUGAACACUUACGGGAGAUUCUGGAGCGGCACCAGAGACAGAUUUUUCCACCACCGUCAACAAAACACCAAAAGAUGGAAUUUUGCGUGAAAGAAUGGUGUGGCAUCCCUCCACUAGAGUUCCAGACACUUGUAGAAUCCAUGCCACGGUGUUUUGAAGCUGCUCUGGCUCGUGGUGGCACAAUGCCCUAUUAAGACACUUUAUGUUGGUGUUUCCUUUAUUUUAGCAGUUACCUGUUUUUAUUUGUUGUGUUUUGUCGUCUUUUGAGAGCGAGUUUCCUUUGAUAGUUAGUCUAUUUUGUUCUUAAUAUAUCAGAUCCUUUCUCAAAGUUAAGUUUUGUAUUAUUUAGGUUUAUUGUUUGUGCACUUGGUGGUACUCUUGGGGAGGGUGGGGUUACUGUUUGUCGUUACACCAUGGUAAUGAUGAACUGGUGUGUGUGUGUAUAUAUAUAUAUAUAUAUAUAUAUACAUGAAUAUAUAACAAUAUACAACAGAGGAUGUCUGUGGAAAAUGUAGAACAUGUAGUUUGUGAAAGGGGGGGGAAAGGAGAAGUUGUCAGACUGGUACAGGUGUCAGAACUGUUAAAGAAAGGGGUUCCAUAUAGUUAAUUUAGGACGGUAUAAGCAAGUGGAGGACGUCCUAACAGGUCAAAGGUGAAGGGUCAGGUCAGAGGAUGUUUUAUUGGAUAGAGAUGUGCUGAUGACUCAGGAAGUGGCACAGGCAGGAUGACAGCGUUACCAAUUCCCAUUACACCCUUUAUCGGUGUACGUAUGUACAGAGGUCUAUGUGAGAAGGUCGCAGGCUCUUUCACGGUCAGUUCCAUUACAGAUGUACGUGGAAAACAACGGCACAAGAUGGCAGCUUCAGCAAGUCCCAUUACUUUGUGUUUGUACAGAUCCUCAUGUUGAGAGGAUAGCAGGAGGUAUACAAAAUCUUGUGGCCUUAGAGCAUGCUUAUUUUUUAUGUUUUGUAUUUUAUUCAUUUGCCUUUUUGUUUUUUGAAUGAAUGGUUUAAUUAUUAUUAUACGAUUAUAAGGACGAGCCACUGCCUUUUACAAGCGGGGUAUAUUUUUCCAAAGCUGUCAACCUUAUAGAACACUGCUUACUGCAAUGGCACUAUAAGGCAUAGGCUUAUAGUGCCAUUGGCAAAUCCUUCCUCUGUUCUUUGAGAUAAUUGAUAUAGUGCUGGUUAUUAUUGUUAAUAAUGUAACCCCUUGUGUAAUCAUUCAGUAACCCUGGGAGUUUGACAAUUCCAGUGAGAUGCUAAUAGUGCUAAUUUCAGUCAGGCAAUGCUUUGGUCAGCUACAGGCCAUAUCGAUCAUUUUGUCAUAGCUAAAUCAGCGAUUGCUUCACUACACUAACAAAUGCCUUUUACUGAGUUAUGUGGAGUAGGUGUGUGUAUAAAGGAUUUGUGUUAGUUCUUUCUGGGGUUAGCCUUAACCCAAAUAAGAUCUGACUCUUAAAUAAUCAUUGUAGUGCUAAAUGAUAUUGUAAUGAAUGACUCUGUAACAUGUAACAAACUUUUAAACAUGUCUGUGGUUUACCCCCUCUAAUUGUAAUGGUUACAGAGCACGGAGAUGCUCUAGUUAAUGUCUACCUACUCUGACAUUUGAUCUAUUUCUAUGUGGGUUAGUCGGUGGGUCUGUUGGUGGUGUUCCCCAGCAGCCUGUCUGUGGACUAGUAGAGCAGCCUAGGAGAGGCUCUCUGAAACUUGGCCCUGAGGACCCCCUGUGUGUGCUGGACUUCACUUCAACCGAAUCAUUGAAUUUAAUGAAUGUUUCUCUAUAUCACCAUGCUACUACUGUCAGUGAAACAAUGUACCUUUGUUUAUUUAGUAAUACCGUAUGUAUAUUCCAGAAAUGUUGCGAUGUACUGUCGGCAGUAGUUAAGAGAUUGAACUGUUCAAUUAUGCCUGAGUGAUUAGAGGAUACCAUCCAGCAAACACAGGUGCUUCCUAGUACCAGGGUUGAGAGACUCCAGCUUACUGUAUGAUUUGGCAAGCCCAUUCCCUAAGAAAUGUGGGAAAGAUGCCACCAGUGACCACGACUGCCCACCAGUGAGGCCAUAGGGCAAGGCGGGUUGCCAUUAACUUUUAAAUCCCUCUGUUCUUGUCUUUUUUAAGUAUUGUUAUCAAUCUUAUGGUGAAAAUGCAAUAGAAUCUUUGUCUGAUCAGUUAAUACAGUGAAAUGCUUUUUUCUUCUAAGCAUCAGACAAAGGAUGGAGCGAUUUAGAGAAGAGCUCUUCUCUCUCUUCCCCAUCGCAUUUGACGAUUCUGUUAAUGUUUCAAGGACCUUUUUUUUCUUCUGAAAGUAUUGUAAACACUGGAGUGAUAAAAACAAAAGACAAAAAAAUAUAUGGAAUAUGGAUAUUUUUUUUUCCAAAUCAGUACUAGAUUUUAGUCUUUAGACAGAGCCUCUUACUCCUCAACUUGACAAAGAAGAUGGACAGAACCAUUUGGAUCAGUACUGUAUUGAGAGCCCAGGGCAUCUAGUAAUUUAAAGAUUAGAGGCGGUAGUACCUCAAGACAAUGACUGUUUUCAUACAAAUCCCCUUCUAUUUGUAGUAAAUGAUAUUGCUAGAGGUAAGCAACAGCAUCUACAGUAGCUAUCACAGGUUAGCCUUUUAUUUUUCUUUAUUAGUCUUGCAUGCAGUUAUGGUCCUCCAGUUAAGAUAGGAUCUUAUAUUGAUUAUUCUUUUGUGUAGGCAAAAUAAGUGCAUCUAAAAUAAACCUUGUGAUCCAAUUAGUUUUAAUUGUAUGGAGUAAGGGGAGAGGCUUCUUACCAUUAUGCUGAAAUAAAAUACUUUGUAAAAGA